AUCAGAGUCUCGGCAGGCUAGCAUUUUAAUCAAACUUGGAAAGUUUAACCAUUAGAUCACUAUGCCGAUGCUUUCAGAAGAAAUCCUGGCUUAAAAAACAAUAAACUCUGUAACCCUGACUCAAAGCUGCAACUGAUUAACCAACGGUGAAGACAGCCCACUAAAGGGGGUAAGACAGAGACGAGCUGCAAAUGUGCUUUUUGCCGGCUGAGAAUGGGCAAAGCAAAAGACUCUGCGGUGGAGGAGAGACCCCAAUGGGACAACAAGGCUCAGUACCUGCUAACAUGUAUUGGAUUUGCAGUGGGAAUCGGAAACCUCUGGCGUUUUCCUUACCUGUGCCAAAUCUAUGGAGGAGGUGCUUUCCUCAUCCCCUACCUGAUCGCUCUGGUGUUUGAGGGCCUCCCUCUGCUCCACCUGGAGCUGGCUAUAGGACAGAGGUUCCGCAUGGGCAGCAUCGGUGUCUGGAACUCCAUCUCUCCGUUCCUGGGUGGAGUCGGAAUUGCCUCCAUGUUGGUGUCAUUGCUGGUGUGCAUUUUCUACAAUACUCUUCUUGCCUGGGUGCUCUGGUACCUCUUUCACUCUUUCCAAAACCCGCUGCCGUGGAGCCAGUGUCCACUCAAUGAUAACCUCACAGAUUAUAAUACAGAGUGUGUGAAGAGCACUCCAGCAAACUACUUCUGGUACCGUGAGACCCUGAACAUCACAUCUGACAUCCAGACCAGCGGCUCCCUGCAAUGGUGGUUGGUCAUCUGUCUGGCCAGCGCCUGGUGCAUGGUCUACGUCUGCUUCAUCAAAGGCAUCGAGUCCAUGGGGAAGGCUAUGUAUGUGACAGUCCUCUUCCCUUACCUGGUGCUGACUAUCUUCCUGAUCCGUGCCCUCACUCUGCCUGGAGCUACUGUUGGACUGGUGUACCUCUUCACUCCUGAUUGGGAGAUACUGAAGAACCCUCAGGUGUGGCUGGACGCCGCCACCCAGAUCUUCUUCUCGCUCUCUGUGGCCUUUGGAGCACUGAUAGCUUUCUCCAGCUAUAAUACAGAGAAAAACAACUGUGAGAUGGAUGCUGUUCUAGUGGGAGUAAUAAAUAGCGCCACAUCUCUCUACGGCGCCAUUCCCAUCUUCGCCAUCCUGGGAUUUAAAGCCAACACCGCUUACAGCUCCUGUAUGAAGGAAAACAUCCUGGCUCUGACCAACCACUUUGAGCUUCCAGACCAGAACAUGACAGUGGAGAACUAUGAUCACUGGUUGGAGUAUCUAAAUCGUACAUCUCCAGGUGAGGUGGCCCGUGUGGACCUGAGGCCCUGUGACCUGCAGUCAUUUCUUGACCAGAGCGCUUCAGGUACCGGCCUGGCUUUCAUUGUGUUCAGCGAAGCAGUGGUAGCGAUGCCGGGUGCGCAGAUAUGGGCCAUACUGUUCUUCACCAUGCUCCUCAGCCUGGGUCUCUCCUCCAUGUUUGGCAACUUAGAGGCUGUCCUCACGCCCAUCAAAGACCUCAAAGUACUGCCCACGUGGAUCCCUGAUGCACUCGUAACAGGGGUGAUCUGCUUGGCAGCCUUCUCGAUGGCUCUGAUCUUCACAAUGGGUUCGGGGAACUACUGGGUGGAGAUCUUUAACAGCUACGUGGGCUCUGUGCCUCUGCUCAUCGUUGCAUUCUUUGAGAUUAUUGCAGUGAUUUAUGUCUACGGAAUGAAAAAUUUUAGUGAAGACAUCUACUUCAUGACUGGGAAGAGGCCCAACAUUUUCUGGAAGGCAUGCUGGAUGGUGAUCAGUCCUUUACUGCUCCUGGUGGUGUUGAUUGCCUACGUGAUCAUCCAGGCACAGAAACGCCCAACUUAUCCCACAUGGAACCCAGACUAUGAACUAUUCCCCAAAACUGAGGUGAAGCCUUACCCAGACUGGGUGUUUGCCAUAAUCGUCCUCCUCUCUGUAUUACCUGUGAUUCCUAUUCCUCUGGUGGCUCUCUACAGACUGAUCUGCUGUAGGAUCAAGAAGUCUUCUGCUCACACUGACCUAAAUCCCUCCUACAACGACGGCUUUGAGGUUGAAACACGGGAACAGAAGAACCAAAGAGCUUGAGAAAUCGUUCUACGGACAGCUGACAUAUAAUCAGUCAUGUUUUGCAUGAUUACAUUCAUCAGGAACUGACAACUGUGAACCUUAAUAACAAGAGGGGAUUUAUUUAACAUUGAAAGUCUUUGUUUUGUACAUUUUUUGUGUAUUGUACAUGAUGUAAAUUAUGACACUAAACAUCAAUGAAUGAGAUCCAAAGCUUCCUGCUCUCACUUAAAUUAUUAACACAACAGGAUGAGAGAACUUCUGGGAACUUAUUUACAUACGAAUUCUCUGCCAAGUGACGUCAUGUCUUCUUUGUGGAAAACUACCACAAAGUGUAAAUCAAAGUCCAGAGACACAAACGGCUGUGGGAUGAGGUGAGGUCUCGUACAGUAGCUGGAUGAUUUUCAAUCGUCUGUCUUUAUUGUGUUUAUGAUUAAAGGUUUAUCACGUGUUUUAUGACUGAGGAGUUUUUCUUUCUCUAAAAUCUUCCAUUACACUUUGGAACAGAUACACUACUUUUUUUUAAUGGCACACUGAAGAUCAGAUAACCAUUUUCAAACCUG